UCACCGUCACUACCACCCCAGCCGCUGGACUCUCAGGACGCGCGGCGCGACCCACUCCUCCCACCAGUGCGUCACAGAGCACCUGUCGCGCAGCCCCUCGCGGAGACGCACCUCUUCUCGUCACGUGUGCAGUGCUCACUUGACAGGUAAAAAUUCGCAAUAAAAGAUGAAAGAAACUACAAGAUGGAAGGAGGAGGAGCAGGAGGAAGAGAUGAAUCCAUUAGAUGAAGAGAUGGACGUGGAAGCUAAAAAGAUGGCGUCCAAACUAACAAGUUUAGAAGACAUCGUGGAGGAGCUGGGUCCCUACGGCCGCUGGAACGUGUGCCUCUUCCUGCUGUGUUCCUCUGCCAUCAUGUUCAACGCCCUCAUCACAAUGUCCUACCAGUUCCUCGGCGCCACACCUGAUCAUUGGUGCCGCGUGGAGUCCCUCAAAGAAGUCAACUGGACCGACCAACAAAUCCUAGACUUCGCUAUCCCCAUCGACAGCAAGACGGGGGAGCACGACAGGUGCCACGUGUACGACUACAACUACACGGAGGCGGCGCUACUGGGCUACGACGCCGCUGUGGCCCACCAACCAAGGCAGGCCAACCAGGACACGCCCCGGAUCGUCCCUUGCAGCGCGCGAGACUUCAAUCUGACGCAGCACGAGUCUUCCGUGGUGACUGAGUGGGACCUGGUGUGCGAGCGGCGUGUGCUGUACGCAACCACGCAGGCCGUGAACCAGCUUGGCUUCCUCAUCGCAUCACUGCUAACUCCGAUUUUGGCAGACAGGUUUGGUCGGCGGCCGGUGGCGCUGUGCAUGAUGUGCCUCAUCCUCCUGCUGGGAUUAGGCAGCCUCUUCUCUUCCUCCGUGGACGUCUUCAUCGCCUUCAGGUGUGGCAUGUCCACCACCAUGAUGAUCCUCUACCUCUGCUGCUUCAUCAUUAUGAUGGAAUGGACCACCACCUCAACACGCUCCUCCUUUGGCUCCAUGACGGUGACAGGCUGGGCCGUGGGCUGCAUGUUGGUCCCCGGCAUCGCCUACCUCAUCAGGCCAUGGCGCUAUCUGCAGGCUGCCUUCGUACUGCCCUACGUCGCCUUUUUUCUGGGAUGGCGGUUUCUGCCGGAGUCCCCUCGCUGGCUGCUGCUGCACGGUCGCUACGAGGAGGUGGAGAACACCCUGGCCACGAUCGCCGCCACCAACCGCAGCAAGGUUCCUCCCAGGGGCGUCCUCCGAGCCGCCCUCACGCGCAUCAGCCAACAGAUGCGGGGUGAGCUUGGGCAGAGCAAGGCGAAUGGUGGGCAGAGACACUGCGUCGGGAUGGUGAUGGACGCGCUGCGACAUGUGUUGUCUCCCUACAUCAGCACCCAGCGUGCCCGCAAGAUGUGUUUGCUCAUUAUCAUUUGGUUCUCAGCGUCCUCUGCGUAUUACGGCCUCUCCCUCAACGCCACAAACAUCAGUGCAGAUCCUUAUCUGUACAAUUUCCUCCACGGCGUGUUCGAGGUGCCUGCCUAUUUCUUGCUGUGGCUGCUUGUGGCGCGCGCAGGCCGCCGCCCUUCCCUCAGCGUUCUGUUCUUCUUCUGUGCCAUCUGCAUCGCCAUCAACAGCAUCCUUAUGUUCGUCUACGCUGUUCCCGUGUCAGUCAAGAUCAUCCUGUCGCUGCUGGGUAAGAUGUCCGUAGCCGCUGCCUUCCAUCUGGCCUACCUCUUCACCGCCGAGCUGUUCACCACCCAGCAUCGCUCCCUCGCGGUUUGCCACUGUUGUCUCUUUGGUAGAAUUGGCAGCAUUGCCUCACCAUACAUCAACGAUAUACUGGGAGAAGCAGCGGAGUGGGCUCCUUCAGCAGUCUUCGCCGUGGUAGCAUUCAUCUCUUCCCUCCUCGCUCUUCUUCUGCCGGAGACUCGUAAUAAAAAUCUUCCUGAGAACAACGACGCCACGAAGGAGGAGGAGUCAAGGCCCUGAGCAGCGACCCGUCACUCAGGCAAGCCGCUCCACUGCUUUCUCUUAUCGACUUGAAACCCAUUUUGUGGCGGUCAUCUGUGUGCUGGAGUCACGCCGAGACCACCGCAACACUCUCAUCGCCACACAAUCCAUCCUGUACUCACCCCACACGUCUUCACGGUAGUAAAGAAAGACUCUCUCUCUCUCUCUCUCUCUCUCUCUCUCUCUCUCUCUCUCUCUCUCUCUCUCUCUCUCUCUCUCUGUGUGUGUGUGUAAAUGUAUGGCAGUAUUAUCAUGGCGAUGCACAUCAUACCUUUGCACAUCACAUCACAUCACAUCACAUUAUGCUGCACAAUAUAAGUAAGUAAUGAUAAGUGUUGAUAAGCACCGCCAUCACGCGAAGGUGCAGCGCCUCUGGCAGACAGCUCAGGGCACCAUGACGCGUGGCAGCGGUCAAGGACUCAUCACUGGGACCACUGGUACUCAAUAUAGGUACUCUUAGCAAGUGUUUCAAGAACUUUCAUCACUAAAUACAUACCUCAGGACUCAAGGAGCUCACUUUCCAGUACACACCGGCCCAGGACUUAGCUAUCGUUGAGACAAAGGUGGAUUGGUGUGUCAAUAGAUCGCUGAACAAAUAGACCACACAAACAAUUGGAAAUAAUCUCAUUAUUAUGGUUUAGACUUUAGAGCAAAAGCCUCAUUCACCCCAAGACUGUGGCACCCUGACAUCAUGGAAGGUAAUCAGCACACACUCAGAGGCUCAGUUUUAAAUCUCGGCAGCGCUUCACAUCCCCCUGCGCCAUCCUUGCCCAGCUGAUGUCAGGGAGUUGGCCACAGACAGUACAGCAAGCAACCAUCACACACAUAUACUACAUACGCUUUUUAUAAUUAAGAUGAGGGAUAUUUUUGUUGUGUUUGUUUUACAGUAUUUGUGCCAUGUUUAGUUUUAAAUAGUUUAUAGAUGUGCGCUUUUUUUUUUUUCUUUCUUUUAUCUAAGGUCCUUAUUCUUGGUCUUGUUCAUCUGAUUUUUUCUUUUCUUUUUCUCAUCUUGAGUUUUUAAUAUUUUUCUGUCUAGAUAUUUUAUUUCUUCUUAGCCUUUUUGUUCUUCAUGUGAUUGCCAUUCUUUUUUUUCCUUCUCAUUUUUACUGUUGAAUUCAUUGUCUUAUUACACUCUCUUAGUUUCUAGUUUAUUUCUUUAUUUUACAUGUAUUUUUAUGAGGAGAAAGAGUACAAGAACCCAA